AUGGCUGCAAGAAAGUGGAGCAUCUUGGUGGCCUUCUUCAUCUUACUUAUUGCUAUGGAAGCUGCCAUUGUUUAUGGUCAAGGAAAUGGCAAAGACAAUGGUCAGGGACAGAAUGAGCAAGGAGGCAAAGACAAUGGAAAUGGAAAGGACCAAGGAGGCAAAGACAAUGGAAAUGGAAAAGCUAAAAAGCCAACAAAGCCUCCAAAAGAUGAAGCAUCAGAUUAUGAGAAGUUGACACCUCUAAAGACAGGACAAGAACGAGGUUUCUGCAAAGCAAAGAAUUCCUGUCAGUUCAAGACCGUCGUGUGUCCAAAGGAGUGCGCACAGAGGAAGCCAAAGAAGAACAAGAAGCAGAAGGCAUGUUUCCUUGAUUGUAGCAGCAAAUGUGAAGCCACUUGCAAAUUCAGAAAAGCAAACUGUGAUGGUUAUGGUUCCCUGUGUUAUGAUCCUCGCUUUGUUGGUGGUGAUGGUGUGAUGUUCUACUUCCAUGGCGCUAAAGGAGGAAACUUUGCCAUCGUUUCUGAUGAUGAAUUCCAAAUCAAUGCUCACUUCAUUGGUACUCGACCACAAGGAAGGACUCGUGACUAUACAUGGGUGCAAGCACUUGCUAUAAUGUUUGACACACACACUCUUGUUGUUGCAGCCAAUAGAGUAUCUCACUGGGAUGACAAUGUUGACUCUCUUACAGUAAAGUGGGAUGGUGAAGUAGUUAUCAUUCCUACUGAUGGUGAAGCUGAAUGGAGGGCUAAUGGUGAUGAAAGAGAAGUGAUUGUGGAGAGAACAGAUGAUGCAAACAGUGUGAGAGUUACAGUUUCAGGUUUGCUUGAAUUGGACAUUAGGGUAAGGCCCAUUGGAGAAAAAGAAAACAAGGUUCACAACUACCAAUUGCCAUCAGAUGAUGCUUUUGCUCAUCUUGAGACACAGUUCAGGUUUAAGAAACAUACAGAUCAUGUUGAAGGAGUUUUGGGUCAGACUUAUAGGCCAGGCUAUGUUAGUCCUGUGAAGAGAGGGGUUCCUAUGCCAAUGAUGGGAGGGGAGAACAAGUACCAGACUCUGUCUCUCUUUUCAACAUCUUGCAACCUCUGCAGGUUCCAGAGGCCAUCCGGGCUUGCCACCAGUGAAGAACUAAUUGCUCAGUACUAA